AGAACUGACGAUCCUUUUCUGAGCUCUCUGAGCAUCGAACUGAGCCGCGGAGGCUUGACAUUUUCGUGGCGCUCAAGGCAAGUUUGAUGAUAAGCCUUCUUUCCAGAAAAGCCAUUCCAUGGGGCUCUGUGCGUAUGCCACGUGGAUAAGCUGAUGUAUUUAGUUGGACUUUUUGCAUGACCCUGGCUUAUUUGAGCUCCCCGGGAAGUGGGCUCCUGCACGCUGAAGACGGCUGCCAGGCAGCCAGCCGGCCGCUCGGAGAUUUUGGAUCACUGAUGGGCAAAGUGUUGGGUACGUGAGGAACACCUUACAGCCAGUCCUGGGCUGAGUCUCAGCAGUCUCCGGAAGAUGCCGAUGCCGAUGGCCGUUGGGAAGGAAGAAGACAGCAACGGGAAGAUGAAGAGGGAGCCGCUUAGAGAGCGCCUCAGUGCCUGGGACUGCCCUCAUGGCCCGGUUGGGUUUACACAACAUUGGACAGACCUGCUGCCUUAACUCCCUGAUUCAGGUGUUCAUAAUGAACGUGGACUUCACCAAGAUAUUGAAGAGGAUGACAGUGCCCAGGGGAGUGGAAGAGCAGAAGAGAAGUGUGCCCUUCCAGCUGCUCUUGCUGUUGGAGAAGAUGCAGGACAGCAGAUGGAAAGCGGUGCGUCCCACAGAGCUUGCCUACUGCCUCCAGAAAUACAACGUGCCAAUGUUUGUCCAGCACGAUGCUGCUCAACUCUACCUCACCAUCUGGAACCUGAUUAAGGACCAAAUCACCAAUGUGGACUUGGUAGAGAGGCUGCAGGCCCUGUAUACCAUCCGGAUGAUGGAGUCCUUGGUUUGCCUUGACUGCACCGUGGCGAGCAGAAGAAACACCAGCAUGCUGACCCUCCCCCUUUCUCUUUUUGAUAUCAACCUAAAGCCCCUGAAAACACUAGAGGAUGCCCUGAGAUCUUUCUUCCAGCCCAGGGAGUUGUCAGGCAAAAGCAAGUGCUUCUGUGAGAACUGUGAGAAGAAGACCCGUGGGAAACAGGCCUUGCAGCUGACCCAUUUGCCCCCGACCCUGACGAUCCACCUCAUGCGGUUCUCUAUCAGGAACGCGCGGACAGAAAAGAUCUGCCACUCGCUGCGUUUCCCUCAGAGACUGGACUUCAGUCAGUUCCUUCUGGUGGAGCAAGACUUCGGCGCUGCCGAGGACCGGGGGGGAAACUGCAUAUCUUUUGGUUUAUACGAAGAGCGAAUCUUAACCCUACACCUUCACAGACUGGCAAACUAUCAUUUUCCUCUUCUAUCCUUGGAUCUGCUGAUUCUUCUAAGAGCUUCUACAAUGAGGAGAAACAGUGAUUUUGAACUAUAUAAUCAACCUUAUUUACAACCCUUGGGGACUAUCACAAUAUUUAAUAAUAAUAUGGCACAGGUCCUGAUCAAGCAGAAUGGAUAUUCCCAUCAGUAGACCCAAGACACAAGGCUGCUGCAGAGUCCUGGGAACCCCCUGCUGUGCAAGGCAUUAGCCCUUUAGUUGGGAGAGUGUGGGAAGUCCAGGUCCUCCCAGGGGAGGAGAGUCCAGGCCAGCAGUGGUAGAGGAAGCAUUUGGGUGGCAAUGGUUAAUGGUAAGAAGUGUUCCCAGGGACAUUAUUUCAGGGUUAAUCGUGGGGAAGUGUUCCCACGGACAGUAUUUCAAUAUUUUACAAUUGCUGUGACCAUCCUGGUGUGUACUAGCUGACUGUCAGUCCUGUUUAUAAUUUUAUAUUUUUAAAACUCAUAUUAAUUUCAUAAAACUCAAGUGUUUUGUAAUGGUGUUCAUUUGUUCAACAAAUAUUUAUUCAUCAUGCAUUCUCCAUAACACAGUGUGCCUGGCACAUUAAUAAAUAAAAUUCUUCCCGUCAAAA